UGCGUGCCGCUGUCGCAAUUCUCUGCUCUUGCGAGGCACCAGAAGCUCAGCGAGGCCUCGCAGUACCGGCAACACCUCAGCCACGAACCCGCGGGGCGCUGCGACCGCGCCGCGUUACGCAAAGCCGCUGCGCGCAGCAAACGGGCGCCGCCGCCGCGCCGCGUUACGCGAAGCCGCUGCGCGCAGUAAACGGGCUGUACCUCGUACCGUCUCCGCGGACGAAUUAGGCGUGCGUUCGCAUCAAUAUGGCGUCAAUUAUGGAGGAGCCGGAGAAGCCGCCGUUCGCCAAAACCGGGAAAACCAGCAGACAUGCACUCGCUAGAGUCCUCGUCACACGACCCUCGCUCGUCGGCGAGCAGCAACUAGAUAGAGACACAACUGCACUUGCGUGGGCGGAUAAGCUGCUGGCGCCCAAGACCUCGCAUCAAAAAGACAUUCAGGAGCAGGCGUGGGCCCACCGCGACAAAGUCUGGCGCGACUACGAGAGCGCGUGCAUCGCUUAUAAAAAAAAGAUGACGGAAGAUGGCCAGCGCCCGAGACGCGGCCAAGACCCGGAGAUCUUGGCCAAAAAAGAGGCGGAAGCGGCGAGGAGGAAGAAGGCGGAAGACGAGGAGGAGGCCAGGCUGGAGGCCAAGCGAAAAACCCAGGCGGCAAGGGUAGAAGACCACAUUGAAAAACACGACGCCUUCAUUCUGAACACCAAGACCAAGACGAUCAAAUGCCGGGCGGGUAAACUCAAAGAGAGGACGCUGCCAGACAACCCGGAGAAUCGGAGGUUAUUCGAGGCGUCGGUCGCCGCGUCGGGGCGCGGGCGGCUGCAAGAUCUCGCCGCCGCGGCGAAGAAACGGAAGCAGACCGGCCAAUCGGCGCCGAAGCCGAGACCCUAUGCCGUCCUGGCGUCGCCGUCGCAGGACGCGCCGCCGCCGGUGAUGAAGAAGGCGCGGGCGUUGAAGAAGGGCGGGCGGGCGGCGCUGAAACAGCUGACGCAAGAUCCGGCGGAAGCGGCGAGACCGGCGCAGCAGGAGGCCCCGACGCGCAAGGCCCCGAAGCGCCGCAAGACCCCGGCGCCGCGCAAGGCGUCGACGUCGCUCAAGAAACGCGUGCCGUCGUGGUUGCAGGGAUUUAGGGAGCUUGCCGUCGUCAACAGAUUUAGUGUUCCCUUCGAGUUGCAGCAGUUGUUCGAAAACGACAUGCGGAGUUGUUAUAGGGAGCGGGCCCACUUCCUCACGAAGCCGACGGGCAAGCUGGAACCGAUUUUCUUAGAAACGGACGCGGCCUACGCCGGCUUCAUCGGGGCGAUGGGCUUACCAGAUUUCGUGGCGCCUCAAAUUACAGUCCCGAUGCAUCCCGCCCAGUGGAUCGGCGCGAACGACGGCUCCCAGGACGAGUGUAGGGUGAUCUGGCGACGGGUGAUGAGGGCGUACGAGGCGGACAGGACGUUAGAUUUGGACGACCUCUUCAACGAGGAGGCGUGGAAGUGCGACUUCGGCGACACGGCCCUGAGCGCGCUGCACGGCUACGCCUUUGGCGCGGAGGACCUCGCGGACUACCGCGACGCCUGGCGCUUCCACGUCAUCUUGGACGACGGCGGCGCGUCCUGCUCGGAAUCCGUCGUCCUCUGGCCGACGCCGCUCGUGGAGCUCUUCAAGGGCGAGUCGGACUUCGAGGGGCUGGAGCGUUACAUCGGCCCGGCGCGCCUCGGACACAUAAAGGUGCUGAUCACGAACGCGACGCGGGCGAAGGCGUCGCGGCAGAAGGCGUGCUUGGAGAAGUAAGUUCGUUUAUAAGUGUGCUAACAA